AUGUGGGGGUAUAGAAACUCGCAGUUUUACACCAAAACAAGCUGCAGGGCGCUGUUGCGGCAACGGGGGCACGAAACCGGACUCUCGCUCCUCUUUCGGUGCCGGCGCAGGCAAGGCUACGGGGACCUCCGUCCGUGCCGGGGACAACCGCGGCUCUGCCCCGCUGGGCGGGAAAGCGGGAGAUCGCGAAAUCGGGAAAGCGCGACCUCGCGGGCGGCGCCGCUCCCCGCCCCGGGCCGGCCCCCAGGAGGCCGGCGGCGGAGCGGAGCGGAGCGGCGGCCGGGCCGGGGCAGGCAGGGCUCGGCGGGGCGAGGGGCAGCGGCGCGGCCCGCGCUGGGGGCGGCCGGGGCGGAGGAGGAGGGGGCCGGCGGGGGCGGGCGCUCCCCGCCCGCGGGGCUGGGCGGCGGCUCCCCCCGCGGCCCGAGCCCCCGCCGCGCCCUGCCCGUCUCCCCCUUCCGCGUGCGGGGCUUCUGGCCGCUGCUUACCGCGCUCUGCACCGCGCUCCUCUGCUUCUACCAGGCGCUGCGCGGCAGCGCGGCCGGCGAGGGCGCGGGGGGCCCGGAGGACGCGGAGGCGGAGACGGCGGGGUCCGGGGUGCCGCUGCUGAAGGGCUCGGCGCUGCUGCUGCUCGGCUGCCUGCUCGCUCGCUGCUGCGGCGCGGCGAGCGGCGGCCCCCGGCGCGGCGGGGCGCGGCGGGCGGCGGGGGCGCGGCGCGGAACUCUGGAGCGGUUCUACGCGCGGCAGCUGCGGGUGUCGCCCCACGUGCUGGGGCACAGCAAGGCGCACGUGGGGCGGGUGGUGGCCGAGCUGGUGCGCGCCGCCAAGGCGCAGGGGCUGCACCCCGGCCCGCUGGCUCUCAGUCUGCGCGGAGACUUCGUGCGCAUCGGCAGCGCCUACGAGCAGCACAAGGUGCGCAGCCCCGACUGCUUCGACAUCCUGGUGCCCCUGCGGCUGCCGCCGCACCUGGAGCCGCAGCCGCGCCGUGCCCACGGGCUGGGGGCGUGCGGCGCCUUCGUCUGCGGCCUGCGGGCGAGGAACGGCGGGACACGACGCUGCCGGCCCUUUGCCGAGGGCUUCUGCGUGGAGCUGCAGGGCCGCAGCCACCUCUCCUCGGGGCUGGUGCUGCGCUGGUUCCAGGGCCAUCUGCAGCGGUGCCUGGCAGCCGUGCGGUAUCGGCUGCAGGAGCGGUGCCGCGUCAGCCUUUUGGCGUGCCCCGGACACCCGCCCACGCUGCGCAUCCUGCCCUGCUCCGACUACGUCUGCUGCCACAUCUCCAUGGCCGUGCGCCUCAUCCCAGCCAUCCCUCUCGGUGACGCGCUCUACCUCACGGCCCUGCCGCCCGAGGGCUCCCACGGCUCCGCGGCCCCCGAGGCGCUCUGGGGCAUCAACGCCUCGCGGCAGGAGCAGCGACUGCUGGGCUGGCUGAAGGAGCAGGCCCCGGACACCUCCUGCCACCUCAAGUGCCUGCAGAUCCUCAAGGGCCUGCGGGACCUCAGCAAGCACGGCCUGGAGGAGCCCUUCAGCUCGCAGUGGGGCCGAGUGCUCUCCUCCUAUGUCCUGAAGACAGCCCUCUUCUCCCUGCUGCUGCAGGGGCCCUUGGAGGCCUGGGACGAGCGGUUCCUGGUGGAACGGCUGGAGGACCUAGUGCUGUACCUCAGGGACUGCCUGCGCAAGCAGGUGCUGAUGGAUUUCUUCCUGGGCAACACCAGCAUCCCCGAGGCCGUGGCACUGCCGCGGUUCCUCAAGGAAGCGGCCCCCGUGAACUUGCUGUCCGCCUUCGACAGGCCCACGCUGGACCUUGUAGCCUUCCAGCUGAUCAGCACCUGGAUCCAGGCCCCGCACAUCAUCAGGAUGUACAGCAGUCCCCGGUACUUGCGCCCUGUGCCUGCCCCGUGCCGGCACGUGGCUCAGGCCAAGCAGGAGGCACCGGCAGAGUGA